AUGUGGCACAAAUCAGCCUGUGCAAUAAAUGUAUGCCAAUGUACAGGAGGUCUUGUUUUACAUAAUAAUAAAUGUAUUCCAUUAUCAGAGUGUCCUAAUAUAUGUGAUAAAAAUUCUACUUUUACAACUUGUGGUUCUCCAUUUCCUGAAAAAUGUUUUGAUAAGGAAAACGAAACAAAAAUUUGUACUAAACAAUGUAUUGUUAAUGUUUGUGAAUGUAAACCAGGUUACGUCUUAGAUGAUAAUAACAAAUGCAUUAAAAGAGAAGAUUGUCCACAACAAAAAACUACUACAACAACAAGAAAACCAAAAUGUGGAAAAACACGUAUUUUUUAG